AUGGGAUCUAAACGAUAUUCCAGAAGAUUAUUAAAAGUGCUUUUUGCGAUUACAAUAUCUUGGACUGUUUUACUUGUGUGGCAAUUACAUCAGUCUAUUUUCCUGCACUCUGACGUAGAGACUCAAAUGAAACAUCCUGUUAUCUGUCCAAAAGCAAAUGAUGAGUUUUCAGUUGGACAUAACAUCAGUGAUGAUGAGAAUGUUUGUGAGAACAUUUCAAAACACUGCCAGUUCCACAAACAGUUUUGGCCCCCUAAGGCUGUACCCGGAGAUAAAGGAUACGGCGGCGCUGGCGUUCAUAUAAACAGAAGUUUGCUCACUGAGAGAGAGAAAAUCAUCUAUGACAACGGCUUGAAAACCUACCUUGCUAACCAGCUGGCCAGUGAGAAGACACCAUUGAGAAGAAACCUUGCCUUGAAAAUGCCAGAAUGCGAAAAUAUAACGUACGAUACAGCAAGUCUACCUACAGCUGGGAUAGUUCUCAUCUUUGUAGAUGAAAUGUGGUCCGCGCUGAUGAGAACGAUUUACAGUAUUCUAGACGCUGGUCCAGAAGAGCUGAUCUCUGAGAUUAUCCUAGUUGACGACGCUUCUCAGCGAGACCAUCUCGGCAAGCCUCUAGAUGACUAUAUUAGGAUCUUCGCUGGAAAAGUCAAAGUAGUUCGUUUACCAGAGAGGAAAGGUUUGAUAGCGGCCCGAUUGGUUGGAUUUGAGCACGUGACAGGAGAAGCUGUUAUCUACCUUGAUGCUCACUGUGAAGUUGAUAAAGGUUGGCUGCAGCCAUUGCUGUACAGAAUCAAACAAGACGAAUCCGUUAUAGCUAUUCCACAUGUUAACGAGCUUCGUUGGGACACAUUUGAGUAUAAGUCUGCUCAAAACAAGGAAUCUUAUGCUUGUGGGUUUGAAUUUGAAAUGAAAUACAACUGGAUUAAAAUACCACACAUUGAUGGAGUUAAACGGAAAAGCCAUGCAGACCCUGUCGCAACGCCCACCCACACUGGUUGUUGCUUUGCCACAUACAAAAGGAACUUUGAGAGACUUGGCAAGUACGACCCAGGCCUUGAGGUUUGGGGCUGUGAGAAUUUGGAACUAUCAUUUAAGGCCUGGAUGUGCGGGGGGCGACUAGAGAUUAUCCCAUGCUCCCAUAUCGGUCACAUGUUCAGGCCAACAUUUCCAUACACAUUUCCCGGGAAACCUUGGGCGAUUGAGAGGAACUGUCUCCGUGUAGCUGAGGUGUGGAUGGACCAAUACAAAGUCUUUUACCAGCACAGACUGUCCCGCAUACAGAAUGAUAUACAUAUUGGUGACGUCAGUGAGAUGAAAGCUCUCAGAGAAAAGCUCAAAUGUCGAUCGUUCGACUGGUAUGUUAAAGAGAUUUACCCUGAUGUCGACAUCCCUAUCAACACAACAGCCAUAGGCAGAAUCAAUAAUGUUCAAAACCCGAAUCGGUGUAUUGAAGCAGAAUUCAAUGUGUUCAUCACUGAAUGCUAUCCUGCUAAACAAGAGCAGUACUUCUACUUAACAAGAGAGAAGCAGAUACGUCGUGACGGCUUCUGCCUAUCGUACAAACAUAGUACCGGCUCUUUUGAAUUUCGUGUAUGCAACAACCAUGUUGCGAAAUGGAAAUACUCUCAGGAAAACCUGAUCAACUUGGAAGGGACUGAUCUGUGUAUGGCCCUAUCAAGCAACAAGUCAUCAGUUGUCAUGGUUACAUGUAACAGUUCGGACACAAGUCAACAGUGGAACUGGCCUCGCGAGAGUAUUGCUUUUGCAUAG